CUUAAUUAGCAUUACAGAUAUUCAAAGAUAUGGCUAAACUCAAAGUCAUAAUCUUGGCUACCUUCUUCAUCUUGCUCAUCACCAUGGAAGUGGCCAUUGCUGCUAGUGAAGGCGAGGGCAAUGGCAAAGGCAAGGGGGAGGAGAAUGGAAAAGGCAAAGGCAAAGAGGACGACAGUGGAAAAGGCAAGGGCAAAGAGGAGGACAAUGGAAAAGCCAAGGGGAAGAAGGACAAGGAGAAAGAAAAGGAAAAAGAGAAGAAGCCAAAGAAAUCAAAAGAUGAAGCAUCAAACUAUAAGAAGCUUUCGCCUCUGCCAUCAGGACAAGAACGAGCUUUCUGCCAGGCACAAGGAUCUUGUUAUUACAAGACCCUUACUUGUCCGGCCGAGUGCCCACAUAGAAAGCCUAAGAAGAACAAGAUGCAAAAGGGAUGCUUCAUUGACUGCAGCAGCAAAUGCGAAGCCACCUGCAAGUAUAGAAAAACCAACUGUGAUGGCUAUGGAUCUCUCUGCUACGACCCUCGAUUUGUUGGUGGCGACGGUGUCAUGUUCUACUUCCAUGGAGCCAAAGGUGGCGACUUUGCCAUCGUCUCUGACGACAAUCUCCAAAUCAAUGCCCAUUUCAUCGGAUCUAGACCCCAGGGAAGGACCCGUGACUUCACAUGGGUCCAAGCCAUUUCUGUCAUGUUCGACUCACACAAUCUCGUUCUGGCAGCGAACCGAGUAUCUAACUGGGACGAUAACGUCGACUCUUUGAUGGUACAGUGGGAUGGAGAAGCAGUGAGCAUUCCUACUGGUGAUGAUGCUGAAUGGAAGGCUAACAGUGAAGAGAGAGAAGUGGAAGUGGAAAGAACAGAUGAAGUCAAUAGUGUAAGAGUGAAGGUUUCAGGCUUGUUAGAGAUGGACAUUAAGGUGAGACCUAUUGGAGAAGAAGAAAACAGAGUGCACAAUUAUCAGUUGCCCGCAGGUGAUGCUUUUGCCCAUUUGGAGACACAAUUCAGAUUCAAAAACCUCACAGAUUUUGUUGAAGGAGUUUUGGGUAAGACUUACAGGCCAGACUACGUGAGCCCGGUGAAGAGAGGCGUUCCUAUGCCAAUGAUGGGCGGCGAGGACAAAUACAGAACUCCUUCUCUGUUUUCACCUUUCUGCAGAGUCUGCAGGUUCCAGAGAUCAUCUGGAUUUGCUUCUGAUGAAGGACUUCUCGCUCAAUACUGAAAAUCUUUUGAAGUUUAAAGAUGAAGAUAUAUUCUUUGCCAGGAA